CUGAGUUCAGGGGCGAAUCGACCCGAACGGCUCUUUUUGUUGAAGGUUGGCAGCACGCGCGUGUGCACGCGCAUGUAAAUCGGGAGAAAAGUGGCUUAAAGGCGAGAUUUGAUCAUAUUGUUGGCAGCAUCGUAAUCAAAGACGUCCACGGUCGUCUCACCCGUGACACUCGACUCGUCUGCGCUCCAACACGGGCACCGCUCAGCCACGCCGCCAUCUUCCUCCAAGUUUUGUCCUGCGAUUUACCGGAACAGCCGGUCCCUCUUAUUUUGAAGGAUGUGUGUUUCCGGUGCGGUUUGUCCGAGCUGAUGGAGGUCCGAGGUCCUGGCCCCAAGUUGGUCCUUGUUUUUAGCGGGAAGCGGAAGUCCGGAAAGGAUUAUAUCACGGACCUGAUCUUAGAUCGUCUGGGUCCAGCGGUCUGCACCGUGCUGCGCUUGUCCGGACCCCUUAAGCAGCAGUAUGCUCAGGAACACGGCUUGGACCUGGACCAGCUGCUGGGUCCCGGGCCGUACAAAGAGCGGUACCGGGCUGACAUGAUCCACUGGGGAGAGGCUCGCCGCUGCCAGGACCCAGGCUUCUUUUGUCGCCUAGCAACCGCAGGGGCACAGCAGCCUGUGUGGGUGGUCAGUGAUGCGAGGCGGCUGUCGGACCUGCAGUGGUUCCAGUCCGAGUUCCCGCACAAGACCGUCAGCGUGAGGGUUCAGUGCUCAGAUGAAACGCGGCAGAAAAGGGGGUGGAGCUUCACCACAGGAGUGGACGACGCUGAGUCUGAAUGCGGGCUGGAUGAAGGCGUGCACUUCGAUUGGCUGAUAACCAACGAGCCCACGGCCCCCCCCCUGGAUGAGCAGCUGCAGCCAAUCCUGAAGCUGGCGGGAAAGGCUGCCGCUUCCGCCAUUCAGUGACUCCCAGACUCACCUGGUCUACUUCUAACUCACAUUGAUGGAUGGGAGGGCUGUGGUGACCAGCUGAUGUAGAACUGCUCCACAGUGGCAAUGCAUGCUGGGUAAAACCUCUUCACAUCUAUGCAGCUGCAGCCGUGGCGCCUUUGAGCAAGAAGACGGCUCGGAUCAGUGGGUCUACCGGUUAUUGAUCAGUGGGUCUACCGGUUAUUGAUCAGUGGGUCUACCGGUUAUUGAUCAAUAAAGAAGCAAGUUUCCGUCUA